AUGUUCUUCAAGGCUUCUCUGCUCGCCCUUGUGGCCGCUCAGAUCUUCGGCGCUGUCGCCCAGGACGCUCCUGUCGUCAAUGCCGCUACCAAGGCUCCCCUCAACGCUGAUAUCAAGGCCAUCUUCCCCGAGGCCGAAAUCCUCGGCCUUCAGCUCGUCAAUGGACGUCCUACCAAGGCUGUCAUUGAGGUCAACAACAAGGACGCCAACCCCAUCACGGUCUCCUUCGUUUCCGGUUCUCUCAACACCAUGAAGGAGAUCCCCGAGGAUAGCCCCCGAUAUGCUAGCAUCGUCCGCAACUUGACUGCCGUCCAGUACAACAUCGAGGUCCCCGCUGGCGAGAAGAAGGAGCUUCCUUUCUCUUUCGCCCAGGACAUGCAACCCCAGGAUGUUCGCAUUGAGCUCUCCGCCCUCGUCACUGAUUCUACCGGUAACCUCCACGAGGUCCUGGUUCACAAUGGUUCUGCUUCUAUUGUUGAGGCCCCCACCAGCUUCCUCGACCCCCAGAUCAUCUUCCUCUACCUCUUCCUCUCUGCUGCUUUCGCCGGUACCCUCUACUUCGUCUACAAGACCUGGAUCGAGGCCCUCUUCCCCCAGGCCAAGCGCCCCCGCACCAACAAGAAGGCCAAGAAGAUCGUCGAUGUUUCUGAGCCUCUCUCCGGCUCCGAAUCCACCCCUGUCGCUGUCACUUCUGGCAAGGACUACGAUGAGAGCUGGAUCCCCGAGCACCACAUCAACCGCCCUGUUGCCCGACGUGUCAAGUCUGGCGCCAGCGCCAAGACCAAGCGAGUCGACUAA